AAUUCAAACGAACGGCAUUUUAUUUUCAUAUUUUAUGCCCCAGAAAACUAUCGUGUGUGAUUGUGAUUAUUUAGUUUAAAAAAAAAUUGAAUGAUAUUGUGUGUUUAUUUUGUUUAAUUGAGUGCCAAAAUGUCGCAUCAGUCCCAAUUUAAUCAUAACCAUGUGCUUCGUCCUACGGAAAAUACAAAUUCGAUGCCUGUGUCCAGGCCAAAGCCAGAUACAGGAUCAGCAGCUGCAGUGGCAGCGGCUGCGGCUAACAUGAAAAAACAAUUAUUGCUAACAAAAAAGCAGCCAACUGAUGAGAACAGUGUACCAGGCGGCGCUCCAGCCCAUAAGACUGUGACUUCAAGCUCAACACAUCCUGGCAUCCUGUCCAGACCUGGCGGAGUAAUACAAAAGCCAACUUCCAAUACCAUUGCCAAAGCGGACACCGGUUUUGCAGUGCCAGCUCCAGUAGGCGAGGCAAAGAAAUGCAUUGAGAAGACAACAACUGCAGCGGGAUCCUGUACGGGAGCCACCAAAAAGACUGAAACUGAUAUUCCCCCAAGACCAAAAAAAACCUGGGAGCUAAGCAACUUUGAUAUUGGUCGUCUAUUGGGUCGUGGUAAAUUCGGAAAUGUCUAUUUGGCACGCGAAAAGGAAUCCCAAUUUGUGGUGGCUCUCAAAGUAUUGUUUAAACGCCAGAUCGGUGAAUCAAAUGUCGAGCAUCAAGUGCGACGUGAGAUCGAAAUCCAGUCGCAUUUGCGACAUCCGCAUAUUUUACGUUUAUAUGCCUAUUUCCAUGAUGAUGUGCGCAUCUAUUUGAUCUUGGAAUAUGCUCCACAAGGGACACUCUUCAACGCUUUACAAGCACAGCCCUUGAAACGUUUCGAUGAGCGCCAAUCAGCCACUUAUAUCAAAUCCUUGUGUUCGGCUUUGUUGUAUCUGCAUGAACGUGAUAUUAUCCAUCGCGACAUCAAACCUGAGAAUCUCUUGCUGGGCCACAAAGGCGUUUUAAAGAUUGCCGAUUUCGGUUGGUCAGUCCAUGAGCCGAAUUCCAUGCGCAUGACUCUGUGCGGCACUGUCGAUUAUUUGCCACCAGAAAUGGUCCAGGGCAAACCGCAUACCAAGAAUGUCGAUCUUUGGAGUUUGGGUGUGCUGUGCUAUGAACUUCUUGUGGGUCAUGCUCCGUUCUUUUCAAAAAACUAUGACGAGACGUACAAGAAGAUUCUGAAAGUGGAGUAUAAGUUGCCCGAGCACAUUUCAAAGGCUGCUACACAUUUGAUAUCUAAGUUGUUGGUUCUCAAUCCGGCACAUCGUUUGAAUUUGGAUCAAGUUAUGGUGCAUCCAUGGAUAAUAGCGCAUACUCAAUAAGAUGUUAAAUCAGCUUUUAGGACUUUUUUAUUUUUUUUUUAUUUUCACUUUUAUUUUGUUUAGUAUUUUAGUUGAUUUUCCCCCCAAGUUAUCACGUCACGUAAUUUAAUUAUGGUUUAUUGAAUAAAAAAAUUAAUUUCUGUGUGUUUCUUAAACAA